CCCACCAGUCCUUGGGAUGAUGGGAAGGACAGAACACGGCCCUGCCACCAUCCCAGCAGCUGACAGCAAGCACGGACGGCGACAGCCACCAUCCGUGGCAGCAGGGACCUGUCAGCAUCCCUGGGCACACGCCUGCAGUUCCCUGGCACUGCAAGGAGCUUCAUCCCAGCAGGAAGCCAGACCUGCUGCCAACACAAGGACUCAUUUUGCCUAGCAUGCCAUGCCCAGCCAUGACUCUCCAAGCUGCCAUGGCCCUGCACUCGGUUGGGCCCACAGCAUACCCCAUGAAUACCAAUGAACAAAUAACCAGAGCACAAGAGCUGAGGAGCUGUCAGCAGGUAAAGGGCUGGUGAACCCCCGUGGGACAUCACUCUACCAGUUUGUUCCACAGAGGAGGAGGAAGGGCCUCAUGAGUCCCCAUCCCACUUCUCCACCUCCAGCAUCCCCAGUACAAGGACUUUACAAGGCCAAGGGGGCUCGAGGGUCUCUUCCUGCUUUCUCGGGGACCCCUGCACUUUCUGGGCUGCUGUGAGAGCAGCACAACCUGACCUCGAACACCCCACGUGUGACAAGGACUGCAUGGAGCCAUGCCCCCAGGGAAGCCACAGGGACUGCAGGACUCCAGCUCCCUACAGACACUUCAUGUGACACAAGUAAACACCAGCACCAAGCCAAGGCUGGGGAGCUGCUUGUGGACACGAUUCCCCUUUUGCCAACUCAGGGGAUUCAGCUCCUCCAAGUGCUUUCCCCUGAAAUGGGUAAGGAAUAAAAAAUGUAACAGAAAAGUUUGGAUCACGAUGGAAUUGGUCCAGACCAAAACACAGGGUCUUCACAUGCCAAAUCCAUUUACUGUCCAAGUGUCUCAGUCUCCAUUCCACAGCUCCCUGGGCUGGCCCCAGUCCCAGCAGCUCUCAACAGCCCCAGCACCUGAGCACUGCAGCACCAGUGCCUGCUUCCACCCCUGGGGAUGUGCACCCCCAAAAACAGUGAGCAGAGUAUCCCCAAGCCUUCUCCCAGACUUCUUUGGGCAGGAGCAUAUCUCAGCUCCCCAGAGCAGCCCCUGGCUCCCCACGGCAGCCAGAGGUUCAGCUGCCUCCUGCCGCAGGACAGUGGGUUCCAGAGCCAGGCUGGCCCAGGGCUGGGACAUCCAAACCCAAGUGGUGGGACAGGGCACACCAGCUCUCCUGGCUGGGCGCCGAUGCUCUCAGGUUCCUCUGCCUAGCAGGCACAGCUCCCUGGGGCACAGCCAGGCCUCUGCAGAGCCUCCCUGCAUUUCCCAGAGACCGAGCUGUGCGGCUCCUCGGCAGCAGCUGCCCGGGGACGCCCGGGCCCUGUGCUGCACCUUCCCUGCCCGCUGCAGCCCUGGCACCUUUGCCAGCGCCUGUCACCGGAGGGGUCAGCUGAGCCCUGCCUGCGCUGCCAGGGCUCCCGCACCGCCUCUCCCGCACUCUGCGGUGCCUGCUGGUGCUCUCCAGCCCCUCAGACGCAUUCACGGUUACCAUAGGAACCAGUGAAACCCGAACUGAAGAAGCAAACGGAGACACAGUGGGGAAAACUGCUUUGAUACCCCGGUGCCACCUGCGUGGGUGAGUUUAUCCUGACUCUGUGUGGUUUAUCCUUGGGAGGACAGGCAGGGCUUGCCCUGCAUCACUCAGCCGUGCUCCGUCCCUCCAAACACCGCCUCGCAGGGGCCACAUCGGCCGCCAGCUUUCUGCAAGUCGGUGCUGGUGUCUGCAGGCUCCCUGAGGCGCUCCAGGGCAUGCGGAAAGCAGCUCCGAUUUUCGGUAGUAACUUAUACGGGGAAAGAAAACUUCCGAUGCCUGGUGCCUCUGCCACGGGUUAAACCAGAACACUCCAGAGGCUGCAGCAAUAACAAGAGGGCGCUAAAAACCCGAAAGUUUGGGAUUAUCGUAUUUUUAUAAUUUUAAAAGCUUUUACGAAAAUCGUAUAUGAAAUUAAUCGAAUACGAAACAUGGCUCUGGCUGAGCCCCAAUUACAGAACCACUUAAUGAAGCAGCCUACCCACAGACCAGAAGCACCACGGAGUUGCGGGAAGCAUUAGCUGCAACUAUCAGUGGGUGCUCAUCAAAAGCUCCAAGGAAACUCCCUCCUCUGGCCAGGGCAGGAAAGGCAGAGCGAGAGAAACGUGGCCCCAGACCCUCACCCUGCCCAGGCAGGAGCAUGGUAGUGUGCCCACAGCACUGGCACAGCAUCCCGAGCACAGCAUUAGCUGCUGGCACGGUGGAGAGAGCAGGGUACCGGGGGGUUCUGCUGCAGAACUGUUGCCACAGACUUAGAAAAAAAUCAGAGCACAGUGUACAGCAGAGUACAAGGAGCAGUUCAGUCCUUCUCAGCUUCACGGGAAAAGGAAAGUCUUCAGAGGAUUCCCUCCACUCCCCAAAGUGGUAAACAUUGAUUUAAACUUCUCAUUAGUUCAGCACAACCUGGGCAAUAAGUGUAGCACCAGCGAUUCCGCUGUGCCAUUUAAAAUGGGCAUUCAGCGGCUUGUUCAGGCAGCAGCUCCCCCAGGCUUUCUGGAUACUUUUCCAUUAAAGAAUAAUUUGCACAAUGAUUAUAAAGGGAAACCACAUGAGCCAUCAUCCUAUGCAUUGCCUGGAGCCCAGGGGAAGUUUGACCAGAGCAUUUCUGCAUCAGCACAGCGUGAAGCUGAUAGUGCUGGAGCUGCACGUGUGCUCACAGUGGGGAACCCCCGUCCCGAGGAGAUCGUUUGGAAUGCAGGAGACGGGAGGAUGCACUACAGUGGGAGGGAAGGGAUCAGUAUCCAGGAUGUGCAGCCGGGAGGACAAAGCUAAUGGGAACAGGAGGCAGGUGCCAGACAGCCACAAGUGCUGGGAGAGCAGAGAGCAUCGGUGCCACCACUCCCAGACCUUCACCACCUUCUCUUCCCCAGCAUCCGAGGACAAAUCCCAGCAGGGAUGGUGACCUCCUACAACUCAUUCCACCACAGCACAGGACCUGGCCCAGCAGCCACCUUGUCAGAGCUGCACAGCCCACACCACCCACCAGUGUGGCAAAUCCAAGAUGGACCCAUGAAGCAACACUGCCUGUCCACAGACCCUCCUUGACCCCAGUAGCAUCUCCACCCCUUCCAGAGCAGUGCCCAGAGCCUCUCAGCAGCACAGGAGAGGGGCUGGGUACCAGGCACGCACUGUUCCACUGACACUCACCACCUCUCCAGAUUGAAAAACAAAAUACAAAACCUCCAGACUGGAUUUACACCCAGAAGCUGAGUGCCAGCCUGGCCUGCUGAUUCUCACCCCUGCUACCCCUGAGGCAGAGCUGGUGCCCUGUGAGUUGCCCCCUGCACACCUCAGCCCACUGAUCUCACAGCGACUGCGUCACCGUGUUUGUUGUAAUCUCCCAGUGCCUGAUUCACUUCAGGCUUUCGGGAGAACAGACUGUGGGACAAGCAUGAAUGCAUGUCCUGGAGUGGGCGGACAUGGCUGGACUCCACUGCACCAGCUGGAGCCCAGCUCCCAGGAAAGCAUCCUCCACACACUGAGCCAGCUCCCAGCACCACUCAUCCCACAGGAAAUCACUGCACGAGAGAAGAGCCAG